CUCAGUCUGGCUCCGGCGCCGCCCUCAGCGGACGCUUGCGCUCGCCUGUCUGCUAGCUCGCAGUCCCUCCGCCCGUGGCUCUCUGUCCGAAUCUCGCCAGCCCCGGGGGGCCGGGGGUGGGGAUGUAUUGAGAGGAACCCUCUCCGCUCCGCCCGCCCGGGGGAGGAGAGACAUGACCCUGCCUAGAGGUGCCGCCGCCGCCACCUGCCGCCCCCGGGACUAGCCGCCCCCUCCGUGCUCGCCAGUCGCAGCCCCUGCCUGCCUCCAGCCUCCAGCCUCCAGCCUCCAGUCUCCAGCCUCUAGCCUCUAGCCUCCAGCCGCCGCCCGCAGGCCAUAGUGGAGCUCGGCCCCGCGCCACCGGCCUCAGCAUGUCUCUCUCCAGAGGAAAAAUCAAGAACAAGAAGGAUUUAAAAAUACAAUGUUUCUCCAACAAGCCGCCUGUCUCCAACCCAACGCCUCCCAGGAACCUGGACUCAAGGACCUUCAUUACAAUUGGUGACAAGAACUUUGAGGUGGCAGCUGAUGAUUUAGUGUCCAUUUCAGAGCUGGGACGGGGUGCCUACGGGGUAGUGGAGAAAGUUCGACAUGCCCAGAGUGGAACCAUCAUGGCUGUUAAGAGGAUCCGAGCGACCGUCAACACUCAGGAACAGAAGAGGCUCCUCAUGGAUCUGGAUAUCUCCAUGAGGACUGUCGACUGCUUCUAUACUGUCACUUUCUAUGGGGCCCUUUUCAGAGAGGGUGAUGUAUGGAUUUGUAUGGAACUGAUGGAUACCUCCCUGGACAAAUUUUAUAAGAAGGUUCUGGAGAAGGAGAUGACCAUACCAGAGGAUAUUCUAGGCGAAAUAGCAGUGUCUAUUGUUCGAGCCCUGGAGCACUUACAUAGUAAACUGUCUGUGAUUCACAGAGAUGUCAAGCCAUCCAAUGUUCUUAUCAACAAGGAAGGCCACGUAAAGAUGUGUGACUUCGGGAUUAGCGGCUACUUGGUGGACUCAGUUGCCAAGACCAUGGAUGCUGGUUGCAAACCCUAUAUGGCUCCUGAGAGAAUCAACCCGGAGCUGAACCAAAAAGGCUAUAAUGUCAAGUCAGACGUCUGGAGUCUGGGAAUCACUAUGAUUGAGAUGGCUAUCCUCCGGUUUCCGUAUGAGUCGUGGGGGACCCCCUUCCAGCAGCUGAAACAGGUGGUUGAAGAGCCUUCUCCCCAGCUCCCUGCUGACCGCUUCUCCCCUGAGUUUGUGGACUUCACAGCCCAAUGCUUGAGGAAGAAUCCUGCAGAGCGAAUGAGUUACCUGCAGCUAAUGGAGCAUCCUUUCUUUACUUUGCACAAAACCAAAGAGACAGACAUCGCUGCUUUUGUGAAGGAGAUCCUGGGCGAGGACUCAUAGGGGAAGGACAUUACUGCCCUGUGGAGCACCCUCUUCCCCUGUCCCUAGAAAACAGAAAUGAGGAACGGCGUUCUCGGUGGUUUGCACAGAUCACGUAGCCCCCAGCCCUGUCCACCUCCAGCCUGGAGCACGGCGUUAGUGUAUUCUCGUGCCAUCCUGUGUAUCUUUGAGCUAAAAGAGCUCCCUAGCCAGCACCAUGGACAUCCAAGGCCAAGGACAGUGUUUGGCCGCUGCUUCCACAGAAGCCCACGCGGUAUUAGACAUGUGGAAUUUCUCUGCCAGUGACACUGUUGUCACCAAGACUCCUACGGACUGAGAGACCGACAGUCCUUUGCUUAGACAGGAACUGAGGCUUGAAGAGUUGGGGUGAGGGUGGUUCCGAAGGAGGGAGGAGGGUAGGUUCUUCAGGCCUUGUGAUGUGCCGUUUGUCCCAAGUGCCAAGAAAACUGACCUAGGAAGCAGAGCUGCCCAGUGUUUUUUGAGUACAGUGAGUUUCUGGGACUACCAGCUCUGCCGUUUUUUGUUCAUUCAUUCAGUACUUCCCCCAGAUCUGUUUCUUUCUCUCUGCCUUGCAGAAGUCUGUCCUCCUCCUGAUACCUCUCACCGGCUCCAUCCCCGUACCAGUGCCCUCCAUUUUCCAUUCCCUAAAUCCCAUUUUUCUUUUUAGACUCUGGACUCCCUCUCCUUGGAGGGAGAGCUUUGAGUUCCAAGGGAUGGGUGGUGAAUGGGAUGGCAUUGGCUGAGUGGCCUUUGAUGUCUUGUAGUGAGGCUAUGGGAAGAAGCCCAACCAUGACCAGUGACUGGCCUGGUGCUCUGGUAGUUUUCUUUGUAAAAGGCCCUACAAGUUCCCCCUCGUGGCCCAGUGACUUGCUUUUUUGUUUUGUUUUGUUUUUAAGUGAGGCAAUUGGGGUUAAGUGACUUGCCCAGGGUCACACAGCUGGUAAGUGUUAAGUGUCUGAGGCCGGAUUUGAACUCAGGUACUCCUGACUCCAGGGCCGGUGCUCUAUCCACUGUGCCACCUAGCCGCCCCAUGGCCCAGUGACUUGCUAAGCUGCUCCAGAAUCGACUCCCAAACCUCCUCUUCCAUACCAGCCUUGGGGAUCAGAUCAGGUCCUUUUUUUUUUUUAAAAAAAAAAAUUUUUUUUUUCCAUCUGACAACUCAAGAGUGUUAUGAGCCUAUGUAAACAGUAAAUUGUAUAAGGUAGACAGAACAUAGGUUGUAUAUUUUUUAUAUCUAUAUAUAAUGAACUUUUCAGAUGACUUCCUUGUUUUAAUCUGAUGACAGAUGUAGUUCUCCCUCCUGGGGGGAGUUGGGCUCUGGGGGGGUCAGGCCUGAUUACUGUGAAUGGGUCAGUGCCGUCCCCUUUCCUGGGCCUUUGCACAGGCUGCACCUCCUGCCUAAAAGACUCUCUGGCUCUUUCCCUCCACCUCCUACAAAUCCUAGCUUCCUUCAAGGGUUAGUUCAAGGACAGCCCUAAACAUGAAACCUUUCCCGAUCUCCCCUGCUGAGAACUUCCCUUGGGGGUAAGAGCAAGAGGGGCUAUAUGUCCAGCCAGAAUUGUUGCAGUUUUCAAGGGUGGUGUGGGGGUGGAAAUAAACUGUAGGACCAGUGAUUGUCUCUGAGGACUGUCUAGCUAUCUUUGAACCACUGGAGGUGGAGAUGGGGGGAGGUAUAGUAUGGAUGCUGUAAAGUUGUCUUGAGCAUUUAGUCAAGAAGCUGUUCGAGGGCGGGGACUCAUCUUAUCUCAAGGAUUGUAUAAUUCGGAGGGGUUUUUAAGUGGCUCAUUGGGGAGUGGCUGUGGGAGCUUUGCCAUCUGAGCUGGUCAGCCAGGGUUGGAUGUUACUGGUGGUCCUGGGAAGGGAACAGAGGCCCUUGUUUUUGUCUCCAGAUUCUUCCUUCCUUUUCUCCUUCCCUCAAGAAAAAAGAGUAAAUGUGCAAACCAUCUUGACUCUUGGUAAUAUGUGUGGGUACCCUGCUAACAGCUGCCUACACUUAGGGAGUGAAGUCUGGCCAUACACUUUAUUCACUUGCCUGGUUGUUUUGAGUUUUAAUUUUUUUUUUAAUUUAUCUUAAGUUUUGUUUUUCUCUUGCUUUGAGGGUUUGGCUAUUUUUUUCCUGCAUGGAUUAGAUGCCUUCCACUCCUCCCACGGGGGGGGGGGGGGGGGCAUUAGCAUACCCAGUUGCAAGGCAUUGCUCUUUUGCAAUGUCUGGCUGGCUAUUGGUAGUGAUGGGGGCAGAUGGGGACAUCACUGAGCCCCCAAAGCCUCUGUUCAAAGAGGAGGUUGGGGCUGGAGUGUGGGGCAGGUGAGUUCCUACCCAUUAACACCCAGCUCCCCCACUGUGGGUGCUAGUGGGAAGAGUACCUCUGACUUCCAAGGGAUGUAUUUUCCCAUUGCAAAUGAUUUGUUUUGUGGAUUGUUUAAACAUUUUUUUUUUUAAAGAAAAAAAUUGAAGGGGAAAAAGGUUUUAAAUACCUGUCCCAGUAAAGAGGUAGAGCCGUCCUACUGCCAUGGCCCCUGCCCCUCUGCUCCCUGAUAGGGAGCUGGCUAGAACUUGGUUGCUGUUUUCAAUAAAAAUUAAAAAAAAAGAAAAAAA